UAAAUUUCGAGCUUUCAAACUUUCAUUUCAAUUUCCUAUCAGAAAGUAUGAUUUGUCCAUCUUCAUUGUUAGAAAUGAUAAAUCAGUAUUAUCUAUCAAAAUCCGUUAGAUUUGAGUUCCACCUAUUUCAGCACCAUAUUGAAAGGUUUCUUCACCCAUGACUUGCAUUUUUCUUAAUCUGCAGAAAAGGAAAAGAAGUCAAUCAAUCUAAUUGCUACAUCCCAGCAGAGACAUUCGGGAAAGACGUCAAUCAAAAACUCAUUUCCACCGUCCAAAAAAAGAAACACAAAAUCUUCUUUGAAACUAAAAUUUCCGACGGCCCAUCUUAAUCGGAGGAGCUAAAAAUAAUUUCUCAAAUAUCUGACCCGUCAUACGCCUUUGUAGCCAGGGAUAACGAAGAAAACCAGUAGUUUCUCUGGACAGUAAGAAUAGUAAUGUUGUUUUCAGGGUUUGUUUUGUUUAAUGAUUUCCCAGAUACACGUUGAGGAAUUUUCGUGGGGGGACAGAAAGCUCGAGUUCUUAUGAAAUGCACUCAUCGAGUGAAGGAGAGAAAGAUCGAAGCUUGAUUGAAAGUUCUUGUUGCUUAUCCUGAGUAGAAGAUUGGGAAAUUCAGCAGAAGAAGCAUAAGCAGAAUCACAUCUUCUCUCGUCUCUUCUUCAGAGUGAAGGCCAGCGUCGGCUUCCGCCAUGGAAGUGGGUAUGCAAGUGCAGGGCCCAUUCACCUCAUGCAGAGCUCUGUUUCGCGAUAAAACCCGUUUCAAGAUCAAACCUUUUUCUUCUGGGUCUUUGCCUCAUGGAACAGCCACUCAUUUCGUUAGUCUUGCAGCUUGGUGCAAUGAGUAUCCAUCAUCAACAUCUGGGAUCUCCUUGGAAAUUACUUCCAGUGCAGACUUUUCUAAAAAAAGACCCAGGAAGUUGUCUAAUGGGAGACCGAAAACCCCUGCACCGAAGGGAUUCGUGCCAAAGACACCUGCAGCCACACGCAUUCCGAAAAAACAAGCACCAAAGAAGGAAGUUGAGACAGUGCAGGAUGAAUCCAAAGCCAGCAGAGAGUUGACUGUUGAUGAGACAAGUCCAGUAGUGGAAAAUGGAAGUGUUGGUAGCAUCCAGAGCAACGAGACUACUGUAGAAGAGGAGAAUGGUAACAUGAGUGUCUCGGCAAAGGAAGAGGCUUUCCUUGCAUUGAAACUGGAAAGCAAAGAGAACUCAAGAAGGCAAGAGGUUGAUAAGCUUGCUGAGAAGAGUUUAUCGGAGGGGGUCAAAAUGUUUGUUUAUCCACAGGUGGCCAAACCUGAUCAAGAAGUGGAGGUAUUCCUAAACAAGAGAUUAUCAACUCUGGUUAAUCAGCCUGAUGUUUUAGUCAUGGGAGCUUUUAAUGACUGGAAAUGGAAGUCUUUUACUGCAAAGUUGAGUAAAACCGAUCUGGGAAAGGAUUGGUGGUCUUGUCGCAUUCGUGUUCCUAAACAAGCGUAUAAGAUAGACUUUGUAUUCUAUAAUGGAAACGAUGUGUAUGAAAAUAACAACCAAAAGGAUUUCUGUGUGCCAGUGGAAGGUGGGAUGAAUGAGUUUGAAUUUGAGGAUUUUUUGCUUGAGGAAAAACGGAGGGAGCUAGAGAGACUUGCUGAGGAGAAAGCCGAGAGGGAUAGACAGGCUGAAGAAGAGCGGCGAAUAGAAGCAGAGAAGGUUGCAAAGGAAGCUGAUAGAGCUCAGGCAAAGGCAGAAGUUGAAAAGAGGCGUGCUGCGUUGCGAAAAACUAUGGAAAAGGCUGCAAAAGCAGUUGAGAACGUCUGGUUCGUGGAGUCCAGAGAGUUUCAAGGAGAGGGUCUUGUAAGAUUGUACUAUAACAAAAGAUCGGGUCCACUUGCUCAUUCCAAGGACCUCUGGAUACACGGUGGCCAUAACAACUGGAGUGAUGGAUUAGCCAUUGCUCAAAAGCUUGUGCAGUUUAAGGGAAAGGAUGGUGACUGGUGGUAUGCUAAUGUUGUUGUUCCUGAAGGAGCCCUUGUCUUAGACUGGGUCUUUGCUGAUGGUCCACCACAAAGUGCUGCUGUGUAUGAUAAUAACCGUUCCCAAGAUUUCCAUGCUAUUCUCCCGAACAGUAUUCCUGAAGACUUGUAUUGGGUAGAGGAAGAGGACAAGAUAUACGAGAAGCUACAGGAAGAUAGGAGGUUAAGAGAGGAAGCUCUACGUGUCAAGGCUGAGAAAACACGACGCAUGAAAGCUGAAAUGAAGGAAAGGACUCUGAAGAAGUUUCUCCUUUCUCAGAAGCACGUAUUUUAUACUGAACCAGUUGAUGUUCAGGCUGGAAGUACCGUCACGAUUUUUUACAAUCCUGCAAACACGGUACUAAAUGGUAAAUCCGAAGUUUGGUUCAGAGGUUCGUUUAAUCGCUGGACUCACCGCAAGGGGCCAUUGCCACCUCAGAAAAUGUUGCCUGCUGAAGAUGGUUUUCAUGUCAAAACCACUGUGAAGGUUCCACUGGAUGCAUACAUGAUGGAUUUUGUGUUCUCAGAGAAGGAAGAUGGUGGAAUAUUUGACAACAGAGAUGGCAUGGAUUACCAUAUCCCUGUAAUUGGAGGAAUUGCAAAGGAGUCGCCUUUGAAUAUUGUGCAUAUUGCCGUUGAAAUGGCUCCUAUUGCAAAGGUUGGAGGGCUUGGUGAUGUACUGACUAGUCUGUCUCGUGCUGUUCAAGAGUUAAACCACAAUGUGAACAUCAUUCUCCCAAAGUAUGACUGCUUGAAAUUUAAUCAUGUUGAAGACCUUCAGUACAACCGAAGCUAUUCAUGGGGAGGCACUGAAAUAAAAGUCUGGCUCGGGAAAGUGGAAGGUCUGUCUGUCUACUUUUUGGAGCCUCAGAAUGGUAUGUUUUGGGCAGGUUGUAUAUAUGGCUGCCGGAAUGAUGGAGAGAGAUUUGGUUUCUUUUGCCAUGCAGCUCUUGAGUUCUUGCAUCAAACUGGAUAUCAUCCUGAUAUUAUCCACUGUCAUGAUUGGUCUAGUGCUCCAGUCGCAUGGUUGUUCAAGGACCAUUAUGUGAACUAUGGUCUCAGCAAAGCUCGCAUUGUAUUCACUAUUCACAACCUUGAAUUUGGGGCGCAAAACAUUAGCAAAGCAAUGGCCUUCUCUGACAAGGCUACAACUGUAUCCCCUACUUAUGCAAAGGAGGUUGCAGGGAACGGUGCAAUUGCUCCUCAUCUAUACAAGUUCCACGGUAUACUGAAUGGAAUAGACCCAGAUAUAUGGGACCCCUACAAUGAUCAGUUCCUUCCUGUACAUUACACUUCUGAGAAUGUCGUUGAAGGCAAAAGAGCAGCGAAGGAAGCUCUGCAAGAGAGGCUUGGUCUGAAAAAGACUGAUCUCCCUCUAGUCGGUAUCAUUACCCGUUUAACACAGCAGAAAGGUAUCCAUCUCAUCAAACAUGCCAUUUGGCGCACCUUAGACCGAAAUGGACAGGUUGUGUUACUUGGGUCAGCUCCAGAUCCACGGAUACAGAACGAUUUUGUAAAUCUCGCCAAUCAACUGCAUUCGACCCAUGGUGACCGUGCUCGCCUUUGUUUGACCUAUGAUGAACCGCUCUCACACUUGAUCUAUGCUGGAUCGGAUUUCAUCUUAGUUCCAUCUAUAUUCGAGCCAUGUGGGCUAACACAGCUCACAGCCAUGAGAUACGGUUCAAUACCUGUUGUCCGAAAGACCGGAGGCCUCUACGACACGGUGUUUGAUGUCGACCAUGAUAAAGAAAGAGCACGAGCACAAGGGGUCGAACCAAAUGGUUUCAGCUUUGAAGGAGCUGAUGCUUCUGGGGUUGACUAUGCCCUAAACAGAGCGAUUUCUGCUUGGUACGAUGGUCGGGACUGGUUUAACUCACUAUGUAAAACCGUGAUGGAGCAAGACUGGUCGUGGAACAAGCCAGCUCUGGACUACAUGGAGCUUUACCACUCUGCCCGGAAGUGAAAAAAACCAGUCAAGUAAGCCUAGGUCUGUACAGAGUUUAGUUUAUCUAUCGGUAUGUUAUUCAACCACCUGCUCAUCUGCAAUUCUGCACAUGAAAUUAUCCCUCCAGGGCCCCGAAUAAUGCUUUUAGUUGAAAGCUACAGGGAGGAAGGGAAAAGAUGGCAACUUGUUGCCUUGCCGCACAAGUUGCUCGACUGAUCUUUUUCUUGUGAAGUUGAUAGUUUCCUGACUCUGCCAACUAUGUGAGGUUGAUAAGUGAUUAGUGGGGAAGGAUUAAAAAAUCAAUCAGCCAAUCCCAGCGGUGAACAUGAGUUGUUGCUGCUGGUUAUCAUGAUAUGAUCCAAGUGGAUUCACUUUUUUUUGCUUUGAGUUUUCUGCUUUUAGUUCUUUUGGACGGUAGAGGUGGAUUUGUGGAUUUUGAUUUGAUGUUAUGGGUUGGGAAUGGAAUGGUCGUAAGCUCGUCUUCCUACUCAGAUUCCAUGACCACCUUGAGCUUGACUUGACCAUGAUCGUUACAUGGGAAAGUUGUUUCCAAUGGGGGCAAUGUCAAUCUCUUGGUCAUGAUAAUGGCAUAGAAAAAGUUCGUGUAAAUCUUCUAUGAUGAUGUAAAAUCACUCCAAUGGUGAGAAAUGGUAUGGUCUGACUUUCGAUUUUGGAGUUAAAUUUGAUGCAACAUUGGAUCGGAUGAAAUAUGAGGAUCAUAAUUAGACUGGAGACUCAUAUGAUUUUGUUCACUAUGGUAUGGUUUGGUGAGGUGGAAAUGAUCUUGAUAUGAAGAAACCUUUAUUAGAUUAAAUUCAAAUGUCAUUUUGAUUAUGUGCGAACAUCUGAAGUCGGUUAUGAGGUUGUAACACUGGAAUGUGAACAAAAAUUGUUGGAUUUUUUUUAUCUUUAACAAAAUGAGCAAAGAAUGUCUGCGUAUCGCGCGGUGACCUAAUAAUGAAAACUUCAAUGGUCAAAUUAACCUUAUUCUCAUCAUCAAGUUUUGUUUGAAGUACAUGUUGCCUGAUACACUCUAUUUCUCUUCAUCUAUGUUGGUGUGUUACUUCAAUAGGUAAUCAUGAUUUGUACUCGAAUUUUCAAAGCGUCAUGGUGUACUUUGCUCAUCUGACACUGGAUUUCCAUUCAAUAUCUCAUUUUAUGUAUCCCAAUGAUCUUUUGGUCAUGAUAAUUGCAUGGUAAGCUUAGUGUUAAAAGUAUAGUCGAUAAGUAACAUCAAUGACUGUAAUGUCGUAUGGUAUACGACCAAUCAUAUUAGUUAAACCAUAUAUAAUGACAUAUCUACUAUAUCUUAUCAUGUAUGGUAACCUUUUUUUAACGUAUUUUUGUUACGACACCUCUAUUGUACUUUGUAUUGUCAACACAAUUUCACAACUUAGUGAUUAUAUAAUAUUAUUGAAGAGCUAUCAAACAAAAAAGUGGCUGUAGUUUAGUGGUAAGAAUUUCACGUUGUGGCCGUGAAGACCUGGGCUCGAAUCCCAGCAGCCACAGUUUUUAUUCAAUUUUCAUUGAAUUUUUCUUCUUGUUUCCAACAUUUUUUUUUAUAAUUUCCCUUUGUGUUUCUUGGCUCUGAUAAAAGAUUAAUACCGAC